GGAUAAAGACGGCUUUUAAGCCUUUUGCUUUGUUUGUGAAGCUCGCUUUGUUUUUUAUAUCUUCUUCAAAUCACAAUCCUCCAUUACCAGAAAAUUUACAGAACAAUCUUCCUUUUUCCUCUUCUUCUUCUUCUUCUUCUUCUUCUUCUUCCUCCUCCAAUUUUUUCACUUACCCAACAAAGAAAAAAACAGAGGAGGAGUCAUAGUAUUAUUCUUAUCUUUAUACAAUUCUCUCUCUCUCUCUCUCUCUCUUUCUCUCCUUUUCUCUUUCUCUUUCUUUCUUGUUUCGAUCGAUCUGAAGAGCUCUUCAGUGAAAAAGUUGUUUCACUUUCUCUGCGAGUUUUUUUUUUCUCUCUUUUCUGUCUCUCUACUUUUCUCUCUCUGUUUCUUCUAUUAUUGUCUGACUGUCCCACUUGAUGAGAGAUUACUUCGUCUUCAUUUCUAUUUCUCUUAUUUGAUCAGUUAAAUCUUCAUUUUAGAAGGACAUUAAAGUGGAGGAUUCUGGGAGUUGAAUGGCUUUAGCUCCGGCUGGUUAUUUCUAGUUGGCUGCAAAAGAGAGAAUACUGUGCUUAAUUGAAUUUCUGUGAAGCAUUGUCUGGUGUUGAUUUAUCAAUGGAGUCAUUUGUUAAUGGAAUUAGUUCUUCAUCAAAGACUAGGAUUUCAGUUCCUUUAGGCAACGAACCUUCAUCUUCGAAUGGGACUCCUUGCCCCUUGCUGCCUCCAUCUCCGAGACAAUCCAGAAACGAACCUGCUCAUACUCAUGGAUCCAGGAUGAUCCAUCAACGAAAUGGUACUGAAAUCAAUGAAAAGCGUCCCUGUAAAUCAUCUUCCCGUGGUAGUUUGCAGCAAGAAGAGUUUGGUAAUAUGGCAAAACAGUUUGAUGACUUGAGUAAGGGGAAAUCUGGAUAUGUUGGCUCGGUUAAUCUUGUUAAUAAAAGGGUAGAUGCAUCUUUGGAGAAGAAGAUGGAAAAUGGAUCUUUUGUCAACCAUCCUGUUGAUGAUUCUGAGGCUUCUAAGUCAGCUGGCUCCCUGGAAUCUGAAGACACAAUCCCAGUCUCCUGUAAGGAAGGCAUUGUCCAGAUGAAAAACCAGUUAGCAUCUCAAUCUGAGUCCAAAUUUUGUCCAAGCCCUUCGAAUAGUCUGUUUACCGGUACCCUUUAUUCCGAAGCCAAACAAAGCUUCACGAAUACAGAAGUGAGUGAAUGUGGAAGCAGCAUUGAGAAGUCAGGUAAAAGUGGCGAAGUGAGUAACUCUUGUGAUUUUAUCGAGAGCAGGAAGACAAGCAUCUGCAGAGGCAGCACCGGCAGUGAUGUUAGUGAUGAGAGCAGCUCUAGUAGUCUAAGCAGUACCAUGUACAAGCCUCACAAGGCUAAUGACACGAGAUGGGAAGCGAUUCAAGUUGUUCGAUCUCAAUCUCGUGAUGGAGUGUUGAAUGUUAAUAACUUCAGGUUGUUGAGGAGACUGGGAUGUGGGGAUAUUGGCAGUGUUUACCUAGCAGAAUUGACUGGCACUAGAAGCUUUUUUGCCAUGAAGGUUAUGAAUAAAGAAGCUUUAGCUAGCCGGAAGAAGCUUCUGAGAGCGCAGACGGAGAGGGAGAUAUUGCAAUCUCUGGAUCACCCAUUUUUACCCACUUUAUACACACACUUUGAGACAGAGAAAUUUUCUUGCUUGGUCAUGGAAUUUUGCCCUGGAGGAGACUUGCAUGCCCUUAGACAAAGACAGCCAGGGAAGUUUUUCUCAGAGCACGCCGCCAGGUUUUAUGUUGCAGAAGUACUCCUUGCCCUGGAGUAUCUGCACAUGCUUGGGAUCAUUUAUAGAGACCUUAAGCCAGAGAAUGUGUUGGUUAGGGAAGAUGGACACAUAAUGCUUUCGGAUUUUGAUCUCUCUUUAAGAUGUGCGGUCUGUCCAACUCUUGUCAAAUCCUCCAACUCAAACUUGGAGUCCAAGAAUUCCGGAUACUGUGUUCAGCCUGCUUGCAUUGAACCAACUUGUGUUAUGCAGCCAGAUUGUAUACAACCAGCAUGUUUUGCCCCGCGGUUCUUCUCAAGCAAGUCCAAGAAGAAGACCAAAGCAAAACACGAUGCAAAUCAUCAAGUCAGCCCUCUCCCGGAGCUGAUUGCCGAACCCACAAAUGCUCGAUCGAUGUCCUUUGUGGGCACCCACGAGUACUUGGCACCAGAAAUCAUCAAGGGCGAGGGCCAUGGCAGUGCUGUGGAUUGGUGGACAUUUGGGAUCUUCCUUUAUGAGCUUUUGUUUGGCAAAACACCUUUCAAAGGUGCAGGAAAUAGAGCUACCCUUUUCAAUGUGGUUGGACAGCCUUUGAGAUUUCCGGAUUACCCUACUGUUAGCUUUGCAGCUAGGGACCUGAUCAGAGGCCUAUUGGUGAAAGAGCCACAGCACCGGCUUGCCUAUAGGCGUGGAGCGACUGAGAUUAAGCAGCACCCGUUCUUCCAGAGCGUGAACUGGGCGCUCAUUCGCUGUGCAAAUCCUCCGGAGGUACCAAAACAAGUGUUGAUGGAAUUGGCUGCUGGACCGGACAUAGUGAAGGCGCAGACAGGCAGCCAGGUUCCGGGUGUAGAUGUGAAGCCUUCAGGUAAUUAUUAUGAGAUUGAUUUCUUUUGAUUCUUGUGAGAAAUUUUUCUUUCUUUGAGGGAAAAAGGAAAACAAAGAAUCUGUACUUCCAUGGCCUCAUUUGUACUAGUGCUUAGAACUAACAGCACAGUAGAGAAAAGCCAAAUCCAAUUGAAUGAGGAAUGAAUUUGCUGCUCAUCUUUCUUUUUAAGCAGGUGGAAGUAAGCUUAGAA